UCAAGACAUCUCAGAACUGGAAGCUAGCGGCGAUGGUCCUCGUGGUCCGAACUGUCCUCGGAUUUUUCCAACUCUGAGUGUUUCCCUUCGUCAUCCUAUCCUGGGAUAGAACCGGGUAGAUGCAGCAGAACUCGAGAUCCCCCCCGGAACAGAGGAGCGGUAAGCGCAAAGCUACUGGCAAAAGGAAGUUUCCAGACCAAGGUGAACUCUCUCAACAACCUCGACAUCAGCAGGCGACUAUCUCGGAGCUCCUCCACCGGAACCAAGCACAGAAUCAAGCACAGGAACAAGACGACGAGCACCUCCCCCCAACGAACAAGCGAGUUCGACCAUCUUCUUCCUCCAUCGCAGCGAACCAGCCCGAGUCCGGCGAUAUGUAUAGUUUCUCAACCGCUGAGCCGAAACCGAAUGGUCCGAACACAGGUGGUUUGACUUUGUCGAAUUCCACUCUCCAAGCUCGCCCCGGGACCUCGUCGCACCAGAGCAACUUUACACCGCAUACAGGCGCGAGAAGACUUGUGGUGAAGAAUCUCCGCACAGGGCCCCGGUUGAAUCAAGAUUCGUAUUUCGAUAAAGUAUGGGGUCAGUUGGAUGCGGCAUUGUCAGCGAUCUUCAGCGGAGGGAAACCGGAGAUUUCACUUGAGGAGCUUUACAAAGGGGCAGAAAAUGUUUGUCGUCAAGGACGAGCUACUAUUCUGGCAAAGCGGCUCCAAGAGCGAUGUCGACAACAUGUUACCGGAAAAUUGCACGGCUCAUUGGUCGACAAGGCACAAAUGGCAUACAAUAUUGAGACCCUGAGGUCUGUGGUUGAGGCCUGGAAAGAGUGGCAGUCAAUGUUGAUUACCGUGCGCUGGAUCUUCUACUACCUUGACCAAUCCUUCCUCCUCCACUCCAAAGAACAUCCUGUAAUCCGAGAAAUGGGCCUACAGCAAUUCCGACAGCACAUAUACUCUGAUCCCACACUGCAGGAAAAAAUACUUCAGGGAGCCUGUGAUCUUGUUUCGGCAGAUCGCAGCGACGAAAACGGUAUCGUCGCUGACUCUUCUCUGCUACGGAAUGCCAUUGAGCUAUUUCACAGCCUUGACGUUUAUGUCUCUGGCUUCGAGCCUGUGCUCGUUUCGGGGUCGAAGGACUUUUUCUCUCUAUGGGCUCAGCAGGAGGCGACAGGAUAUCUGGCGUCAUAUGUGGAGAACAGCCAUCGCCUGAUCGAGCGCGAGAUGAACCGAUGCGAACAGUUCUCUUUCAAUCGGACGACCAAACAAAAACUGUCUGAGUCACUCGAUCAAACCCUAGUAACAGAUCAAGAGAGCGUCUUAUUGAGCCAGAAGGAUGUUCUCGGUUUGUUGCGAAUAGGGAACAAGAUUGCCCUAGGGCAACUUUAUACGCUUCUUGAACGGAGGGACCUUGGAGCCAAAUUGAAAGGCGCCUUUAGCACAUAUAUCGUGGAAGAGGGUACUGGAAUUGUUUUCGAUGAGAGCGAAGCGGACAUGGUGGUACGCCUACUGAGCUUCAAAAAGCAACUCGACGACAUCUGGAAUGAAUCGUUUCGACGCAACGAGGGCCUCGGCCAUGCCCUCCGGGAGUCCUUCGAAAGCUUCAUGAACAAGGGCAGAAAGUCAGACGCCACGGGCGGUACGGACAAUCCAAAGACCGGCGAGAUGAUUGCGAAAUACGUUGAUCGACUUCUCCGAGGGGGAUGGCGGCUGGCUCCUACGCGAGAAGCCGAGAAUAUGCCUUUAGCGGAUGAAGAUGCAGAAAUCAACCGACAGCUAGAUCAGGUGUUAGAUCUAUUCCGGUUCGUCCAUGGUAAGGCUGUAUUUGAGGCAUUCUACAAAAAUGACCUUGCGCGCCGCCUUUUGAUGGGAAGAAGUGCGAGCGAUGAUGCAGAAAAGAGCAUGCUGGCAAGGCUCAAGACAGAAUGCGGAUCAAGUUUCACGCACAACCUCGAGUCCAUGUUCAAGGAUAUGGAAGUUGCCCGUGACGAAAUGAGCGCAUACAAUUCCAUAAAGCGCGAACGCCAAACUCCCCUUCCCGUAGAUCUCCAUGUUAGCGUGCUAUCAGCCUCCGCGUGGCCUACGUACCCUGACGUCCAAGUGCGGAUACCACCGGAGAUCGCAACUGCCAUCAGCGACUUUGAAAAAUUCUAUGACACUAAAUAUAACGGCCGGAAGCUGGCGUGGAAGCACCAGCUUGCGCACUGUCAGCUGCGAGCACGGUUUCCCAACGGCAACAAGGAGCUCGUCGUCAGUUCAUUCCAGGCAAUCGUGCUCCUCCUCUUCAACGAGCUUCCAGAAGGCGGGACGCUCAAUUAUCGACAGAUUCAGGAAGCUACCACUCUAUCCGACCAAGAACUGACCCGAACUCUCCAAUCCCUCGCAUGCGCAAAAUACCGUGUCCUCUCCAAAAAGCCGAAAGGCAGAGACGUGUCUCCCACCGAUGAAUUCUCCUACAACGCCUCCUUCACAGACCCUAAGUUCCGCAUCAAAAUAAACCAGAUCCAGCUCAAGGAAACGAAGGAGGAGAACAAGACGACGCAUGAGCGGGUUGCCGCGGAUAGGCACUAUGAGACUCAAGCCGCUAUUGUGCGCAUCAUGAAGAGCCGCAAAACAAUCACCCAUGCCGAACUUGUUGCGGAGGUGAUUAAGGCUACUAGGAGUCGGGGUGUAUUGGAGCCGGCGGAUAUCAAGAAGAAUAUUGAGAAGCUGAUCGAGAAAGAUUAUAUGGAACGUGAGGACGGGAACAGAUACCAAUAUGUAGCUUAGAUUUUGCGCUUGACUACUAUCGCGCUGGCUCUAAAUGUCUUAUGU